AUGUCCAGCUCAGGGGACUUCCUUCAAGGCAAAUAUAAAAAGACAUCACAGCGGAAAAGAACCAUAUUCACUGAUGAACAGCUUGAAGACCUGAACAUCUUGUUCAGUAAGAACCCGUACCCAGACCGUGACCUUCAGGAAGAAGUAGCCUCCAAAAUGAACAUAGACCCCAGGUGGUGCAGGUCUGGUUCAAGAACCACAGAGCAAAACUCAAGAGAGCAAAAUGCACUCAAGUCCCCCCCCCCCCCCCCGCAGGAAGCUCAGCCCCAGAGACCCCUGGAGGACCCAGUCACACCCGACUCCUUCCGGGCGCCAGUGGAAGCACCAGCCAGAUACCUUGAAGACGCCUACCCCCGGGGCCUCGCUUACCCGCAACAUGCGGCGCCCUCACUACACCCCAGCAUCUACCCCAGGUUUAAAGUCCCCAGGGACCCCUCUGGAGGACACCAAAUCAUCCACUUCGGCUGCUGUGGAGACACCACCAUAUACAACCUCUACCCGCUCUGGGACCCCACGGUGCAGCCAGGACCCAGCUCUGCCGCUGCCUCUUUGUUUGCACAAAGCAGACAGAACCGGGACGCUUUGCAGACACGGAAAUAA